AUGCAAGCGCUGCAACUACCCACGGUCUUUCAGCAGUCGUACCUGAACAGCGAGUCCUAUCCGCAGAACUUGUUCUAUAAAAGCACCCUCACCUAUCGAACGGCCCUCCAGGCUUUCAAGGACCGUCUCGAUGCUGUCGCGCCGGACCUCUUCGUCAACGAUGAAUCGAAGGUGGAAGUGUCGUUCAGAGACCUUCAGAACGACUCCGGGAGAGCAUUGGAAAAGUGGAACAUUCAUACCGCGUCCAAGUUGACGGACUGGCUGGGGCUUGAAACUGUUACUGACCCAGCCGAUGCGACCAAGCUGGUGAUCGUGGCCAGGAAGGCCGACCCCAAAUCUCGAUUCAUAUAUGUGUACGGCGAGCACUCGCGGGCUCCGCUGAAGAUCACUCGCGACAUGCUCGCCCAGAUCUUGACCUUCCACCAAGUGAUGCCUAUUUAUCUGGAUUUCAUCUCAGUCUUUGGUGCCCAGAGUGAGCCGCGCGACCGCAGAUUCAGCGGGUUUCGCGAGCAGAGCACUCUCUCCGACCCUCCCCGCGGUCUUGCGAUCCCCUCGCUGGGCAGAAGCGGACGUCAAUACCAGCUUUGCUACAACCUCAAAAGCGUGGCUUUGGUGUCAAAAGAUGCCACGAAUCCAAGGUUCCACGAAUGGUCGAUCCGGCCAGCCGUUAUCCACCACCAAUUUGACAUCGUCACAGGGACCAGCCUCUGGAUCGUCACCAAGGGGAACCGUGAUCUCCAUGAGCGAUAUAAGGAGUUGACUGGAAAUGAGGCGCGGCCGGAAGACAGAUCUUUCGGUACAGUCGGGGAGUGUCUCCGAUCUAGCCUGGCUGCUCACUUGAUGUUCUGUCACUGGUCCACGGAGAACUGGCGGUGGUACAUGCUUUGGCUCGAGACGGUGAUCGAAGAAGAGACAUCCAUGGUGAUCUUGGGCGCUCGCGGACCGGGACAUAGCUACCAUCGGUCCAAGCCGGAACACGUACAACACCUCCAGCUGUGGGAAGACAAGACCAACGAAGUCAUCAUGGUCUUGGAAGCGAAUGUUGAUAUCAUGAAGUCACUGUGUCGAUUCUACGAUGGCUUGCGAUCCAACAAGGACGUGCCUCAGAGCCUAAAGGACGAGUGCGGGCUCGACAUAGUCACAUUCAUAGGCCAGAUUGAGGACAUGAGUUCCGACUUCAAGAUGCAGAUUGCACGUGCAAAACUGCUGGUCAAGAUCACCAACGACAGGAAGGAAAUGGUCAUCCAACACCUGCAGAGCCAGGCGACCGAGAGAAUGGAGAGGCUCAACCAAAACAUGGAGAAAGAAGCAAUCGUGAUGCGAAUCAUCACCCUCGUGACUUUGGUGUAUCUGCCAGCGACGUUUGUCUCGGUAAGUCACAAUGCUCUCCCCGUGCUCAGGACACCGGACAGGCGGCUAACGAGAGGGCGGGGCAACCAGACCUUCUUCAGCACCGACAUCAUCAAGUACCAGAAUCAGAACGGGGGCCCUCCAACGGACGGGACGUUUUCCAAGACGGCCAUGUACCGCUGGUUGCAGGUGACCUUGCCGCUGACACUCGCCACCAUGGGUGCGGCAAUCGUCUCGUUAAAGCUAACCGAGAGACGUAGGCAGCAGCAGCAGCGGCCGGCAGGGUACAAGCUCUGGAAAAAAUGGGCCCGAAGCAAGGCGGACGAGGUUGAGCUGUCGAAACUGUUCUCUCGUAGAAGCUCCGAUUCGGUGGUGUGA